UGGAAAUCGCAGCAAUUGUCCCCUCCAGCACCCUCACCUCCCCAGAGCUCACCGCCAGGAGCUUGGGAUAUCCGACAGCGAUCGAGCAGCCAUGCUGCAGCCUCAAUUCCGACCCCUCCUUGCGGGGACAGCUUCCUUUGCCCAAACCGUGCUGGGCCGCACCGUCGCCAGAUGCUAUGCCACCAAGGCCGCCACACAAUCAGCAAGCAGCACUAGCACCAGCAACACCAGCAAAGAUGCCAAAGCCAAGAUCGUCACUCCCUACGUCCGGGACGCCGGCAUGAUGAGAACUUACAAGCCGCACACGCCUGGUAUCCGUCACUUGAAGCGCCCGAUCAACGACCAUCUGUGGAAGGGCCGGCCGUAUCUUCCUCUUACCUUUCCCAAGAAGGGUCAAUCUAAGGGUGGCCGUAAUCACAGUGGUCGCGUCACCGUCAGACAUCGCGGUGGUGGUCACAAGCGAAGAAUCCGCAUGGUCGACUUUGAACGAUGGAUCCCCGGUCCGCACACAGUCCUGCGCAUUGAGUACGAUCCCGGUCGCAGCGCGCACAUUGCGCUGGUGAAGGAAGAGGCCACAGGGAGGAAGAGCUAUAUUGUUGCGGCGGAUGGCAUGAGGGCUGGAGACGUUGUGCAGAGCUACCGGUCCGGUCUUCCCCAGGACCUGCUCGAUUCUAUGGGUGGUGUUGUUGAUCCUGGUAUUCUGGCUGCGAGGACAUGCUGGAGAGGCAACUGCUUGCCUGUGUCCAUGAUUCCGGUUGGAACCCAGAUCUAUUGCGUUGGCUCCCGUCCGGAUGGCAAGGCUGUCUUCUGCCGCAGUGCCGGAACAUAUGCAACCAUUAUUUCCAAAGAGGAGGAGACCCGUGAGGAUGGUACAAAGGUUAUGACGGGCAAGUUCGUCAACGUAAGACUGCAGAGCGGAGAAAUCAGAAGGGUCAGCAAGGACGCUUGCGCCACCGUUGGUAUUGCCAGCAACAUUAUGCAUCACUACAGACAAUUGGGCAAGGCCGGUAGAAGCCGUUGGCUCAACAUUAGGCCUACUGUGAGAGGUUUGGCGAUGAACGCAAAUGACCAUCCUCACGGUGGUGGUCGUGGUAAGUCGAAGGGUAAUAGGCACCCUGUUUCUCCUUGGGGUACACCUGCCAAAGGUGGUUACAAGACUCGCAGAAAGUCCAACGUCAACAAGUGGGUGGUUACCCCCCGGGUCCGCAACAUGGGAGUCCGGAGGAACAAGAAGACUACAUGAAGAAAAUAACCCACUGUGUUCAACUUGGGCUAUAUACCCACCAUCUUGUACAAUAUAUAGUAAAACGUAUUCAUUUGUUCGCAGGCCGGCAGUUCGAGGGCUCAGUACAUUA